AUAUUUUAAAUGACGAACAAAAAAAGAUCUUGAAGGAUUAUUAUGAUCGAGGAAUGAUUUCAACAGCAGCUAGUAUGAGGGAUGUCAUCCAAGAAGCUGCGAACCAAGCUAAUAUCACGUUUGAAAGAGUCAAGAAAUGGAUUGGGAAUGAAAAGCAAUCCAGAAAAAGAAAAGCCAGCUCUCAUCAAGAUGAGGAGUUAAGACUGUGCCCUUCAAAGCGUAGAACUACAGCAUAUAAUCUUUUUUGCUCACAUGUGCUGAACUCAGAGGAAUGCAAGCAGCUGAGCUCUAAUUCUGAGAGGUUGAAGUUAGCUGUAGACCACUGGAACUUGUUAGGGACAGAGGAACGUGUGAUUUGGGCAGAAAGAGCAAAGGCUGUUCAAAGCAAUGACAUUCAUGACUUGACAGUUAAGCAGCGCACAAACCAAGUAAAAAAAGGGAAAAAGCAGCUUUUGUCACAGAUUUAG